AUGCAAACCGCCGUCCACCAUCAACCUGUGGCUACCACCCUCAGAGCCGAUUCACCGGUUUCCGUGGCCUCGACUAGUCUUAAGGGGACUUCAGCGUCCGCUGCUCUUCCCUUUCCUCAGGCGCUUCCGCAGGAGCCAUCUCGGACGGUCGUCGCUGUAUACGGACCCGGGCAGGAUGCCAUCGUGCAGGUGGUUGCGGAUAUCUUGGGAAAGCCAUGGACGACAGAGACGUCGCUGUCCACAUUAGGGCGGGGAAGUAGUGCGGUUGUUGUUGGGAUCCGGGCCACGGAUCUCCCGGGAAGUCUGGACGGGUGCGACAAGUCGGCAUGCAUGCUGGUCAAUCUCCACUGUGUGGAUGACGGGUCCUUCCCUGAGGAAGGGCUGACGGAACUGUGCGACUACGAGUUCUUAUAUUCGUUGCGGAGUCCAUUCUUUCGCCGGGACCUUACGCGGUUCCUCUCAUUAAUUCUGGGACAGACCCGGCCACAUGAGGAUCUGAAGACGAAGAACCGAACGAAUUUUAUCUCUACCACGUUCCCCGAUGUACAUGCGGCGCUGCCGAACUUGGAUAUUCUCUCGGUGGGCUCUGAUGCCGUUGAGAUCCGCGUGGAUUUGCUGGUAGACCCUGACCCGCUGCCUCAGGAUCAGGGGUAUCCCGGGAUACCGAGCUUGCGAUAUGUCGGGCAGCAGUUGAUGCUGUUGCGGCAGCAUACAGAAUUGCCGAUUAUAUUUACGACACGAUGCACGAAAGAGAAUGGAAAGUUUCCUAUGGAUAACCCUGCGCUAUUCUACCGGUAUCUCCGGAGGGCGAUUCAAUGGGGUGUAGAGUAUAUCGACGUGGAACUGUGGCUGCCAGAGGAUAUUCGGCGCAAGCUGGCAGAAGUCAAAGGAAACAGCGUGAUCAUGUCGGCUUUCCACGACUUUUCAGGCGAGUGGAAGUGGACCUCGCCCGAGGCACCGCGGAUCUUUGAAGAAAGCGCCAAGUACGCGGACAUUGUCAAGAUGAUCGCGAUGGUGGAUAGCGUGGAGGCAAACUAUGAGCUUGAGUACUUUCGCUCCACGAUUAAGCAGACGCAUGGGACAUAUCCGCUGUUAUCGGCCGUCAAUAUGGGCCAGCUAGGACAGCUAUCGCGUGCACUAAACACGGUGUUCUCGCCUAUUACACAUCCGCUGCUUCCUAUGAUUGCAGCGCCGGGCCAGUUGACCGCAGCGGAGAUUAAUGAAGCGCUGCAUAUCAUGGGCCAGCUGCCGAAGCGGGAUUUGUACGCGAUCGGCUCGUUCCGAGCGACGCCCCAGUCGAUGUUCAUGGAGAAGUGCUUCAACGAGCUUAGCCUACCGCACACUUUGACCUCUAUGGACCGCGGGCCCGCCGGCUCGCUCGAACGGGUAUUCUCACAGCCCAGUUUCGGCGGCGCGGCAUUACACCCACCACUGAGCAGCACGUCACAUCUCCCCGCCAUCAGCGACGCAGCCCGCGCAAUCGGUCUGGUAGACACGAUUGUGGUUACGAGCCCAGGAUCCCUGGUCGGCGAAAACGCCACGUGGAAAGGCAUCCGCGCGACCCUGACCCGCGACUACGUCCCAUCGGCAUACCGCGGCCGAGCGGCCAUUAUUCUGGCCGGCUCCGAAAGCGAAGCGUCAGCGAGCAUUUUCGCCCUACGCAGUCUCGGCGUGGGCGCCAUCUAUACCGUCGGCUUCCGGGCAACAGGGCCGCUGGCCGAGGGUCUCGAGCCGUUUACGUCGAUCCAGUCUGUGAAGCUAGUAGAACAGCCGUUUGUGAUAGUUUCGGCACUGCCGCCCGAGAAAUCGCUCCUUGUGCAGCCGCUGCUGCGUCACUACCGGAGUACGGGCCGGGCGUCGCCGCCGUCCACUAGGGGGAAAGUGUACCUCGAUCUUACCAGGGGCGAGCGCACCGGCGAUCCAGUGAGCGUCGCCGAGCGGUCUGGAUGGACCGCGUAUGGGAUUGAGGAUGUGAAUGCGUGGACGACCGUCGAGAUGCUGCGGCUGCUGGUCGGACAGAAUGUGCCGUUUGAUUUUGUGCGGAUGGCAUCGUAUAGUCUAGUUUAGUUCCGUCUUCAAUUAGCUCUUCAGCUCUU